AUGUCGUAUUCCUCAGUAUCAAAUGUCGGCAACCCGCGCAUUGAGCCCCUCACUGCAUUGGAUGCUUUGAUGCCCAAGAAUUACAUUCGUGUGCUUCUGGCUUUUCGGACUUCCGAGCCUUUCAACGUAGUGUCUCAGCAACUUCAGUGUGGUCUGAAUGCUACGACAGAGAAAAUACCGUGGAUAUCUGGACAAGUUCGUUCCGCUGGCAAUGGCAACAAACGGGCUGCACAUGGUGCAAUCCAUUACUCCUCCGAUUCAGGCUCCCCGCAGAUCAUUGACUGUGGCUCAAUCGACAAACCAUUCUCAAGCCUAGAGGCUCACGCGAUGCAUUCCACCACCAUUCCAGAAAAUGUCUGGCCACUUGGCGCAUUACCUGGAAGCGACGAUUCUUUGGUUUUUGGAGCUAGUGUCUUUCGCUUCAAAGAUGACCAAGGACUUGGACUGUGUGUGUGUAUGCAUCACCACGCGGUUGACGCGGCGGGUUUCACCGAAGUGCUCAGGAUUUGGGCUCAGGAAACAACCACACGUGGAUCGUCUACAUCACAGUCUGGUGGCACCAGGCUAUCUCGUGUUUCUGAAGCACUUGCUUCUCAGAUUAGUGAGGCAUCGUCCAAGAAUACGGAGCAGCUAUUCAGUUUGCUCCCUGAAUACUCUCCUAUUCCUCCAGCCAUGCCAGCAAGCUUCCCGUCCUUCGGUUCUCAGAUGUUUACGAUACCAACUGAGCAUCUGGAUGCCUACAAACAGGUUUUGGCCCCUCUCCUAGAAAAGCCCCCUUCCACCAAUACUGUACUUUGUGCACUUUUAUGGUCUUUCAUCACGCGCAUUCGGGCACAGCAUAAAGAAAACACCCUGGCUCACACCUCGAGCCGGCUAGUUAUGGCUGUCAAUGGCCGUCGGCGAAUUGGUCCCAACUUUUCCCCGCCAGACAACCCGUACAUCGGUAACCUUGUUCUGUACGCUUCUGCUGAACGACCCUUUGACACUCUGAAACAUGCUGCAGCCUCUGCCCGUGAUCAUGCAGAAGUAUGCAAUACUAUCACUCAAUCGUUUGCCCCAGCCAAAAUCAACUCGCAGCAUAUUGCCAAUGUUUUCGAACUAGGCAGACAGGCCAGGGACUGCAGCACAAUAUUCCCUGGAUGGGACUUUUUCAACCAUAGGGACGUCACGAUCACCAGCUGGGCCGAUCUAGAUUUGUAUCAGGUGGGCUGGGGCUCAGAGCUUGGGCAGCCCGAGUUUGUCCGAUUCCCUUUCAGCGCAGCAGAUGGAGUUUGCAUUAUCUUGCCUCGCAGAAGAGUCGAGUCCGCAUCUCAUUCCAAGAAUCUUGUUGAAGUGGUUAUCAUGCUCAAGGCAGAGCAUCUGGAAGCCCUCAAGACGGAUAGCUUGUGGCAAAGCCUGGUAGGAGCACAAUAA